AUGGCUUCAAACCAAAAAUCGGUCGAGGAAGCAGUAAUGCUACCACUCUUGAAAACUUCUUGUUCUGAUGAAGAAGCCAUAGCAGCUGUAAAGCGAGGAAGAAAACUCGAAAGUAAAAAUAAACCUCGGGUCAACAGCGCUCCACAACCUCGUGACACGAUUGCAUCCUGUACGACCGAACCUGACGUCUCAGAAAGUAUCAAAGAUGACGUUCUUGAAGAAAAUCAACCAGGACCAUCCUUAGCACCUCAGGCUCCAGCCGACCCUGAAGUGGAGAUUGGGUCAGAGCCCGGGCUAGAACCAGAAGAAACAGAUGAGGAGGAAGAGGAAGCAGUACGACUCAUGAACGAAAAAUAUUUGCUAAACGAUCUGGAACAAAGCUCCAGCGACCAGGGGGAUGAAAAUUUUCCUAAAGCAAUAAAUCGACAAAAUACGCGAGAAGAUUUGAGAAAAUCAUUUGAACAUUUCGAUAAAGCCCUAGAAAAACGAGCAGUUAAUGUUUCAGACGAAGAAGCAGAUUGUACUGUUCGUCCAGACGAUUAUUACAAUCCACUGCCUGUAGUCAGUCCUCAACAAGCCAAGGAAGUCAGAGGAUAUCUUGAAAGGGGCUACCUAUUAGAUGAACACGACGAAUCUGAAGACUCGGAUGAGUCCGACGAAGAGGAAGAAGAAAAAUAA